AUGCGUCUCCCAUAUGUUCCCAAUCCUCCGCCAACACAUACCCCCGAGGAAACUCGAAUCUUAGAGGCUGUUCAAGCUCGUCGUGCUCCGAAUCCCCUCCUCCCUCUCGAUCUCACUCUUCUCCAUUCUUUCCCGGUCACGGACGGGUGGAACUCUUUCAUCGGAGCUAUUAGAACACGCACAAGUCUUUCUGCUGUCAUUCGCGAGUUGGCAAUCUGCCGUGUUGCAGUGGUCAACGGCGCGCUCUUCGAGUGGGAACAGCAUGCACCACUCCUUAGCGAGGGAGGUCUCAGUGACGAAGCGCUCGAGCUCAUUGGCGAUGCAAAGGCCGACUUUGAGGGGCCGAGGGCUGCAGAGCUUCUGGCGCCGGACCAGAGGGCUGUAGCGCAAUACACUGAUGCGAUGACAAAGACGGUCACCGUGUCGGAUGAGGUCUUCGCGCAGGUGAAGAGCUGCUUUAAUGACAAGGAGGUCGUUGAGAUUACUGCUACAAUCGCAGCUUAUAAUUGUGUGAGUAGGUUUUUGGUGGCUUUGGACGUGGGAGAAAAGAACCAUUAG